AUGUCCAAGGACGAUGGACAGUUCUCUGGGUUUGUGAGACCAAUUCUUCCAACGAUUGGGGCGAAUAAGUUUCAGUCCGAUUAUGUCUUCUCUCCCAAUUCCAUGACGAUCCAAGGACCCGGAGGUGCUCUUGAUCUCUCCCUCUAUAACUACCAUCCACAUCAGGGAAAUUCUACUCAAAAUCCAGUAUCAGCUUCUACUGAAGAUGACGUCAUCUGUUCAAAUCAGCAUCAAAACCCUCCAAAUUCCAGCACGAAGAAAAAGAGAUUCAAAGGACCAAGAAAAAGUAGUUUACUGGAUAGAUUUAUUCUAGCACUUGAAGACAAGCGGAUUAUGGAAGACGGGGAGGAUGCACAUCAGUUGGAUGAUAUUAAAAUGCCGCGAUUGAGCAAAGUACUAAAUAUUAUAUUUAUCACGGCUGGAGUCUGCUUUCUUCUCGCCGUAGUCAUCGUUAUUCUUUACACGGCAUUUGCAAGGUCAGUAGCAAUGACCUUAAACUGUUUCCCAAUAUUUCCAUUUAAAACAAAUGAAAUUCAAGUUAUGCGAUUACUUCAUUCAAAUAUUUGCUGGUAG